AAGAGCUCCCAGACACCAAGCCUGCUCCCCCCCAGCUCAGCAGACCACCUCCCCCUAAACCCAAGGCCUUCAUGCUGCCCCCGCCUAAAGACAAGGGGGAGCCCAAGGCAAAAGUGCCUGUGGCCCCAAAGCCCCUGGUUAAAAUUGAGAAACCAGGCCCUCCGAGGGAUAAGCUGCCUCCUCUGAUCAAGGAUCCCAGUAAGGAGGAGCUGUUCUUGGCCGUGGCGGACUUUGAGGGCGACGAUCAGAUGGGUGGCUUCAAGGAGGGCACCGUGUUCGAGGUGAUGGAGCGGAACAGCAGCGGCUGGUGGUUUUGUAAAAAUCUAGGAGAAGGGCCAAUGAAAGAGGGCUGGAUCCCCUCCAAUUACCUGACCAAGAAACCCUAGGUAACAGGUUCUGUUGGCCUUUUUAAUAAAAAUAUUACUAAUUGUAUUUAAAUAGCUUUUUAUUUAUAGGUACCUUUUUGAUUGAGAUUUGUUACUUUGUUAAAUUCCAUUUGUUUAGCAAGAAUGAACCAGCAAUGUUUGUUUUUUUGCGUAUUGUUUAGUUCUUUUUUUGUACUUUUUAUCCUCGUUACAAAUGACAAAGCAUAAAAUCCGUAACAAGCAAAUGUUCCUCAUGUUGUUCACCUUUUGUGCCAUAUGUUAUUCAACAAGCCUAUAAUGUAAUUUUAUGAUACAGUAAUGUUAUCACAAGCUUUGUAAUAGAACAGAUGAAUGUCUUUCCAAGCCGUCUAUAAUAUUGUGCCUCGGUAUAGUGCUUUAAGCUUAAAUAUAUGCAAUUUAGCUUGUUAGUUUCUCAGUAUAUCAAAAGAUACUUAAGUCUAAUGAGUUGAGUCAUAACUGACAGUGCAAUGCAUUUGGAAAAUAAAUCAGACCAUACACCAGAGGAACCAGGGUCCGUAUUCACAAAGCAUCUCAGACUAGGAGUGCCGAUUUAAGAUCAGUUUUGCCAUUUAGAUCUUAAUGAAUAAGAUUACAUGGAUAGGGUGUACCUGAUUCUAGAUCAACACUCCUACUCUGAGAAUCUUUGUGAAUACUGGCUGAGAUAAUCACAAGACAAACAGCCAAAACCAGCCUAAGGCAGAAGGCCAUGGAUACUCAAGAUUCCUCAAAGAACACCCCUCCUCCACUAAGGCUGCAACGGAGGUUACAAUAGGAGUUCAAGAGGACAUUUUGGCUUUCAAGUACUAAAAUAUUAACACUUCAAGCAACGUUUUUGACGAGUGCUAAUACUAAACAUUUAUACAGAUCUUUUCAGGUUUGUGAACGUGUUUAUUCUUCUUUCAGGAACUGCAUAAUACUGAUGCGGCUGAUUUGUAACAGAUGUGCACUUUUCAGAUUAUUCAGCCGUUCAGACAGUUCAGGUUUGCAAUCUGGAUUACCAAACUGGGGGAGUGAGCCUGUCUUUCAACUCACUCUUGAACGUUGUAAUAGAAUGCACAAGGUGCAAUUUUAAAAUGAGGGCAGUGCAUCAGGUUUUCCUCUCGUCUGUCAUUGCAUACCUUAGGAGGUAUUUAUCAUUUCUCAGAAAUGUCCCGUGACAAAGCUUGGGAACCCCUGGCUUAAUAGACCGAUGGAGAGGAAGUAUAGAAUGUACAAUUGAAAGCCACAGCCAUGUUUUAAAACACUCAAAUAAGGUUGCUGCAAGACUUUGGGAGCUGCAUUGUAUACCAGGGUUGGAGUCCAACUCCUUUCAGGAAGGACUGAAUUGAAAUGAAAAUGGAUCCUUUCCCUGGUGUUCACAGUACAAUAGGUGGAAAACACCCUGUUGAUUUCAUGAACAGUAGGUCUACCAUUAUCAAUACAGCCCCUAAAUAUGAGAAUUGACCUGCGAUUUAUGCAAUAAUAAUAAUAAUAAUAAAUAUAAACAGUGAUACUGGAUCACAUAAAAAAAAGGUGCUCAAAUAUAAAGUGUGAUAAUUAUUAAAAAAACAUUUACAUUAGUGUUUGACUGGUUUCAGGCACAGACUUAAUUUUAUCGUACUUCUAGAAUGAAGUAAUGUCAGCUGUCGUUUACUUUUCACCUCUUGCCAGGCCUGGUUUGCCGUAGUUGGAACUUAAUCAUGCAUUGUUCCUACAGCCGAAGUAGUAAUAUGUGUUUCCCAAAACACCACGCAGAGACAACAUUCAGCGAGAGCGUCGUUGGAACAUGUGUCGACACUAUUAGGUUCGAAAGAAAGAUAGCGGAUCCUAGAGAAGCGCUUUCUCCAUUCAAAUUUGACCUUUAAAAUAAUUGUCACAAUACUGGACGACAGAUCAGCUCCUAGAGAGAUAUCGCCUAUGGCUGCAAAGAUCAAGGUGGCCUAUUAUAAUGGUUACCCGUUAAUGCAUUACAUCACAGAUUUGGCACAUCAUUGCAUUAAUGUUCCUACACAUUACAUAUAUAGAGGGAAAUAGCAGACAGUAGCCUACAAUUAGAUAAAUAGAACAUGAUGUUGAUUUAAAUAUGAUCAAAAUACAUAAGCAAAUGUAGUGUACUCAUUUAUAGUCAUCUUUUUCAUUUGAAGCAUAUUUUGUUACAAUUGCAAAGACAUUGCCCACUUUGUAGCCUAUUUAAAGUUAUCGGUGGUCACAGAGAUGGAUAAAAAUCUAUUGAUUGUGUUUUUAACAGAGGUCUUCUGUGUAUAAAGUGACAUGGAAGGACAACAAAAGCAUGUAACGAUGCACUUGGCUUUUCAAGUGGUGUGAGGCAGUCGGUAAAUAGGCCUAACAAGCCUUUAAGUGUGACUAGUAACAAUGGCUACUACGAAGGAUCUAACAAACUUAGCCUUAAGAUACUUCUGGGAAACUGGGCCAUGGUCAUGGAGAAAGAGGGUUGGUCUCCUAGGAGACACACUGACAAGGCUGUGAGUGCCUGUAGCUCAGGUUAAUUGGAAAAUCUCAGAAUAUGGUUGAUCUGAUUCUGCUCCUAGUUGCUUGGAUACUAUGUUUUUCCCAUCCCCCUCAUGUUAAAUUACUAGGUCCAAUGCUGUGUGUCAGGUCCCUAACCAGCAUUAAAAUCAUAAGUAACUUGGAGUUUUCCGGUCUUUGGCAGUGUGCAUAGGACACAAGUAAUUAUAUUCAUGUCAGAUUUGUAAUGAUCAACACUAGUGUCAACUCAUUGAGUGAGACCUGACAGUUCGUGGAAUGUGAGUGAAACCUAGAUUGGGUUAAGGUAUGGGUUGGAAAGACAUGCAUUCAACAGUUUGGUUACUGAAGCAUAAGGAGAGGCACACAGGGAUGUGAACGCUACAACAGUAUGGAUUGUCUUCUUGCUAUAAGUAAUGCUUUACCCUAAACUGGUCAAUUUAAUUUGAAAAUGACUUCAUAAAAAGAAACUGCUCAUUCUUUAUUCUUUGAGAUAUGCAGCAUAAACACCUUUCCCGCUGAGAUAUUGCGCAUAUCCCAUCUUAGUCCUGUAAUGUAUUCGUAAUACUUGUAUUUCCCCUCAUGGUUCUCUUUCAUAUUAAGUCAAUAAACAUUUUUUUUAAAGUUA